AUGGCUACUAAGGGAGUGUCCCCCCCGUGCGUCUCCACGAGCGAGAGAAUCGCGACGAGUUCUCACUUCUAUCGUCGGGUCAUCUCCAUGAUCGAGCAAGUAUUCCUACAACGUGUCGUCACGACUUGUGACGAAAUCGCAGCGUGUCCUCAACGACUUGUCGGAAUCGCCGCAUUUCUGAUGAUCCUUGAUAGUUCUUUUCGUGCUCGCGGUGGGCGCACUUCCAACGGUGACGACACGGCGCCGUUACGCAUGUACAAAGCCACUCGUGUGAGUCGUCGUAUCGCCGCGAUAACAUCGCCGUGUGGAGACGCGGUCAGAGAUCAUAACCUAAACAACACUGUGACUAAUUACUUCCACAUUUGUGAAGAUUUUAUACGCAUUACUUAUCGCAUACUCUUCACAAAAGGUCGCGCAUGUACUAAGGUUGAUUUUAAUAUGGGUAACAAAUCGUCAUUAUUGCUUCGAGAAGAAGAAAUAGCUCAAAUUCAAGAAGAAACUGGAUUUACACCAAAUCAAAUUGAAAGACUCUAUUCCCGCUUCACGUCCCUUGAUAAAAAUGAUUGUGGAACACUAUCUCGAGAAGACUUUCUAAGAAUUCCAGAGCUUGCUAUUAAUCCAUUAAGCGAAAGAAUUGUGCAUAGUUUCUUUGCUGAGAGUCAUGAUGACAGAGUGAAUUUUUUACAAUUCAUGAGGGUUCUGGCACAUUUCAGACCUAUUAGAAAAAAUAGAGAAAACAAAUUGAACAGUAGAGAAGAAAAACUCAGAUUUGCCUUCUCUAUGUAUGACCUAGACAAUGAUGGCAAGAUAUCAAGAGAUGAGUUACUAGCUAUUCUACACAUGAUGGUUGGAGCAAACAUCAGCGAAGAACAGCUCACUAGCAUUGCAGAGCGCACCAUAUUAGAAGCCGACACAAACAACGAUCAAAUGAUCUGCUUUGAAGAGUUCUGCCGUGCGUUGGAGAGGACUGAUGUAGAACAGAAGAUGUCUAUCCGAUUUCUCAAUUGACCACCACAUUCCUGAACCGCAUACAUCAAGUAUAUACUGACCAUAGUUCUUAUAGUAAUAAUCUAUGGGCUGCUAACUAAAAAAUGAGUUGAUUACUCUCCUAUGGACUAAAGCUUGAUAUUAUUUGUUGUAUAUAUUUUGUAGUGAAUACUUAGUUUGAGAUAUGGGUGUAUAAUUUAUUACAAUUAUUUUUAUUGCUUUAGUUAUUAUUUAUUUUACUUGGGGCUUUGUAAUAUAUUGUACAAGUAAAAGUUUGAAAUUAUUUAACUAGUACCAAACAUCAAUUAUAAAUAAAUGGAGACAUUCUGUUAUAGAGCAGAUGUCAUUGCAUACAUUUUGCAAUAGUUAUGACAUAAACACACGCCAACUUUUAUUAAAACAACCACUGGUGGUGAUGUAAUGGUGUUCUCUGAACAAUUCAAUUUAGAUAAGUUACAGUUGGCAUAGUAACAUCCACCAGUUUCACUGUCA